AUCUGGAGGGAGCUAAAAGCGAGUGGGCGGACAUACAAACUGCCCCCCGGUAGCUCGAUCGAGACACGGUGGAAAUUCAUCCCACCAGGCGGGAGCGCGGCUGGCACGGAGGGCAAGGACUACUUCUUGGGCGAGGACCGCGUUCUCGCCCACUACGCCCGUCGUGCUAGCUUGGAUAGCGACGAUGACGACGCAGAAGAAGCUGAUGAUUCAGAAGAUGACCUGAACCAGGUCGAAGACGACGACGACCCAGACGACUUCGGCGGCCUUGUUUCCGGUGAUGAGCCUAUGGAAGACGAUCUCGUCGAUGAAGAUGAAUCGGAUGUUGAAGAACACGGCUGCGACGACCCACCGGAGGAAGACGAAGUUGAAGAUGAAGACCCCAACUCCCUUGCGGCUAUUUCCGAACGCCAUUUUGCAGAGACGUUUCUCGAGUCGCUGGGUGGAGCUGAGAAGGUGCUGGCUGGUGACGUUGUGGGCAAGGACCUGGAGAAUCUACGAGCACACGCCACAACAGGAUGGUCCGAGCCGAUCAACCCGGACGUGUACGAACACCUCCAACCCCCGUACGAGCCUGUUGGUGACGAGAAUAGCUACCCAGACUUGAGGAAUGAACCGUUUGGCCCCACGCCAGAAGCAAUGAAGUGCGGAGAUUCACCACUUGCUCUUUUCUUCUUCUUCAUGCCCGUGGCUCUAUCGCAGCAUAUUGCCGUUUGCUGUAACAACUACAAGCAUGGACAGCUUGAAUCGCGAGUGGAGGCGUACAUUGAGCGACGCGAAAAGAUGCUACGCCGC